AAAGAUUAGAAAAAGCUCAAAUAAAUGUAAUGGAAAGAGAUAAAUUACCUCAGUCUAAUUUAAUUAGUACUGAAUCUUAUUUUGAAGAAGAAGAAACUGGCGAAGUUAAUGAUAGUGUUAGUACAGAUUCAGAACGACUUAAUAUAAAUGUCGCUCUAAAAACUCUUCGUCUACUUAAAGAUUACCCAACUAGGUGGAGCUCCACUUAUAGAUCUUGGAAAAGGCUUUUAAAAUUAAAGGAUGCAAUUAUAUGGUUAGAAGCUAAUUUAAAAAUUUCACGAAAUUCAGAUGAUAAAAAAGAUGGACAAAAUCUUGCUCAAUGUUUACCUGAUGAAGACGAAUGGAGGUUAAUUGAAGAAUUAGUUAAGGUCUUCAAGCCAUUCGACCAGGCUACUGAAGCCUUUAGUGCUGAAAAAUAUCCUACAUUGUCGGACGAUUUUAAUGAAGAAUAUGAACUUGAUAACAUUACUGAUGCGACACCUAUACAAUCUAUUUCUUCCACCAGUACUACUUCAACUAAUCGUUAUUUUGCAUCAAUAUUUGAUAAUAAUGAUGAUGAUAAUCUAUUAAAUAAUAAAAGCGGGUGA